AUUUUGGUUAUUUUUCCCUUAUUCACCAAAAUUUUGAUGUAGUCAAUAAUAGUUAUGGGCAAAUUUUGGCCGGCAUGUGUGGCCUUCGUAAUAACAUGCACAGGAACGACAGUUUUUCGUGAACCUGACGAUACUAGCGAAAACGGUCCAUUGGCCUCAUGUUACAUUUUUAUGUUUUCAGUUUUUUUGCUGUUGUGGGAUUUGAGAGUGUAUCCCAGAACAUUAAGAAAGCAAUGGAACCUAUUUCAGUUUAUUAUAGAGUUUUGCAUAGCGGAAUUCAUAAUGGAACAGUUGUUAUUUGAUUUCUGGUUCCCCCUUGAAAAAUCAUUAAUUGCAGCCAUUCCAAAACUGGGAGAAUAUAUAGAAAAAGGCUUUAAAAAGCUUGGUCAAGAUAUAAAUUUAGAAUGUUUUAAGAGUGAUAAAGUGGGAAACUACGCGAGCUACACUCUUAGUAUUUUCUUUCUUAUAGCAGUCCUACACGCUACAAGAGCCAUAGAUUUACGAAUUUUAGAAUGUGGUAUAUCAACCUUCUUUUCAGACACUUAUUCAAGAUUCAAGAGGUUUAUGAUGGAGAAUACACCCAGAAUCUUCACAAAAGAACGCGACGAUACGCGGUGCAAUAAAUAUCGAAACCAUAAUUAUAAUCAAUCAGUGAUGAUGUCAAAUUAUUCGAAUUCAGACUUCAGCGACGAAUACGACGAACUCCCAAUCGAUUUUGAAUACGUUCCCUGUAAAAUUGGCAAAAAAGAUUCAUAUUAUAAGCGAUAUAGGAAAUAAAUUUUAAAUUUAC